UUUUUUUCCUCCUCGGGAUGAAGAGGCUUAUCUAUUUCCUCUUCUUCUUCUACCUGAGCACAGAUAUUGCUGAUGCAUUUCGUGUGAUAGGAUAUGUUGGGAGGACCGUCAACAUCAAAUGUGUUUAUGAAAAUAAAUAUGAGAACAAUAACAAAUACUUCUGCAAGGGCAGAUUAGCAAUAUCAUGUACAGUUCAGAUAGAGACACCCCAUAAAAAUCAGUGGGUGAAUGGUGGGAGAUUUUCUCUGUAUGACAACACCACUGGAGGAUUCUUUAUGGUGAUCUUCAGAGACCUGACACUACAGGACACUGGGAGAUAUCACUGUGCUGUGAAAAAGCCUUCAAUUGACAAAUCUGAAGUGGCCGCACUGGAUAUAAAAUCUGGAACUUGCUGUGUAAAACCCCUCACAAUUUUUGCCUAUGAAGGAGAAACUGUGAACAUUAGCUGUCGUUACCCAAAUAGGCACCUCAACACACCCAAGUUCUUCUGCAGACACUCUGCAGACCUGGACUGCAAGUACAGAUUAGUGACCCAACACAACCAAGUCUGGGUUAGUGAUGGGAGGUUAGCAUUACAUGACAACAGAGAGGACAGAAUUCUGACGGUGACCCUGAAGAACUCCAGCAUUGGUGAUUCUGGGUCCUACCGGUGUGGAGUUGAGAUGGAGCGAUACAGCAGCUUGAUCACAAAUGUGGAGUUGAAUUUCACCACCUGGUGUUGUGAGCAGCAUCUCAAUGUGACGGAGUUCUCAGAUGGAGAUACAGCCUUUAUCAGUUGCCCUUACCCACAAGGCUUUGAGGACGAGGAGAAGUUCUUCUGCAGAGGAGAGCGCCGUGACAACUGCUCGGAUCAAAUCACGGUCAGCGAGACUGGUGUCUGCACGGUCAAUGGGAGGUUCUCUGCCUUGGAUAACACUACCACUCGCAGUGUUAAGGUAACCAUCAAAGACCUGAGACCAGGGGAUUCUGGGACAUAUUGGUGUGGGUUUGAUAGACUCUGGAGACCGGCCGACUACACAAGGGUCGUUUUGUCUGUGGGGAGCAGGACGCCCAGUGCAACUGAUGCUAGUCAAACAACGUCAUCACUGAUAUUACUCUCAUCAGCAACAUCAUCAUCAUCGUCAUCAGACUCUGGUCUGGUCAUCCCAGUAUCUGUGAGCGCAGCUGUGCUGGUGAUGAUCAUCAUCAUCCUCAUCAUCAUCAUCCUCAUCUGGAGAAGCAGAAUCAACAAGACAAAUGAACCCAAGAUAUCAUCUAAUAUCACGAUGACAAGCAUAGAGAGCAACAAACAGGUUGUCAACACGGAAGCCUCCUAUGAUGACGUUGAAGACGUUAGCCCGUAUGCUAACUCUGGAACCACUGAAUCUACACUUAGCACAGUUUACGCCACAGCCCAACUACCCACAGCCCUCCCUGACAACGCUAUCUACUCCAACACUCAACUCACAACCCAACUGGCUGGAGCUGCAUCCAGAUCUGAUGGAGCUACAUACGCCUUUAUUCAGCAUCCAGAUCAGUCUGCAGACACUCUGACAUAUGCUAGCUGCAUGUUUAAUGAGAGCACACACAGGCUCUCUGCCAUAGACAGAGAUAAAGACGACAGCUCCUGUGAUUAUGCAUCUGUGAAACCUCAAUCCACUAGAUAAUAAACUAUCUUAGACAAUCUGAUGGAAGGUCUGUAACAACGUCUGGUCAAGAGUUUCACUCUGCAUUAUAUAUUAACCAAGCUGUUUAUUAGUUGGAUUAUAACGUUGUAAAUAUUGUACAAGUGACUGGAAUUUUCCUAAUGCCGGUACUUCCAUUUAGUUUUAAGGUCAGGAUUUGGUUACGGAAGUAAGGUUUAAUGGUUAUGUUUGGGUGAAUAUUCACAGAGUACA